UUCCCUUCCCAAAAAAAAAAAAAAAUGAGGAAUAUCAUCAGCGUCAUGGCGGUGCUUCUGCCCGCAGUCUCUGCCUUCUGCGAGCACGGAACUACCCUCUUCCCCCGUGCCGAAGGCAGCACGGUCAAGGUAGCUAACUUUGGCUUCGGCGGCCUCCGCGGGCCCCUUAACUGGCACGGACUCAACAAGACCGCCAACGUCAAGUGCGCCACGGGGAGGGAGCAGUCGCCCAUCGACAUCAACACGAGCUCCAACAAGACGGUCAAGGGAAGCAGCCUGAAUUUCAACAUCGACUCGUACCCGCAAGGCGCCGAGCUUCUCAAUCUCGGCAGCACGCUCGAGGUCGUCGCCAACGGCACCAUCAGUCUCGACAACAAGACUUACAAGCUGGCCCAGUUCCACUUCCACACGCCCAGCGAGCACCAUCUGGACGGCGAGUAUUUCCCUGCCGAGGUGCACUACGUCUUUCAGGCCGAAGACAAGAGUAUCUCCGUUGUCGGCUUCUUUAUCGAGCUGGACAAGGAGAACCACGAGGUUCUGACCGGCGUGUUCCAGCGUGUGGACCAGGUCGCCAAGCCCGGCACGGCAGGACAGACGGGCGCGCUCAACUUCAACGGCCUGAAGACGCACCUGAGCGAGAGCGACGUCUACCAGUACAAGGGCUCUCUCACCACGCCGCCCUGCUCCGAGGGCAUCCGGUGGAACGUCGUCCGGAAGCCGAUCACGAUCGACAUGGUCACCUUCAAGAAGAUCAAGAGCAUCAUGAAGUUUAAUGCUCGGUACGUGCAGAACACUCCCGGGGAGAUCAACCUGCUAGAGAAUGCUGCCCAGAACCUCAAAUGA